AUAGAUGACUCAAGCUUGUAAAUCACACCAUCUCCAGGGCUCAAAUCGUUCAAAAACGAUAAAAUUUCGAAUUUAUAAGCAAUAUAUCAGGGCGAUUGUUGUUGCUUUCUGCUUCAGAUUUUACUUCGCACCUUUUUUUUUUUCCUGUCUGGCGAAGCAAACUCUCCUUCACACCAUAGUUUUGACUUGCAAGCCAGCCUCUGAUUAUUUCUUCGAUAAAAGCUUUUAUUUUCCAUACUAUUAUAAUUAUAGAUUCUUCUAGUCCAAAUGCCGGUCGUCGACUUGAAGGAUCUUGUUCGCCUUCAGCAUCAAGCUGAAGAUAUUCGAAAUAUCUGUAUCCUCGCACAUGUUGAUCACGGCAAGACGUCCUUGACGGACAGCUUGAUCGCCACUAAUGGCAUUAUCUCGCCUAAGCUGGCGGGGAAAAUCCGCUAUCUGGAUUCCCGCCCAGAUGAACAGCUUAGAGGCAUCACGAUGGAAUCAUCAGCCAUAUCUCUUCAUUUCUCCAUGCUCCGAAGAUCUUUGCCUGAAGCGCAGCCGGAAAAGAAGGAGUAUCUUAUCAAUUUGAUCGACUCCCCGGGCCAUAUCGACUUUAGCAGCGAAGUAUCUACUGCUUCCAGGCUUUGCGAUGGUGCGCUAGUACUGGUUGAUGUCGCUGAAGGAGUAUGCAGCCAGACUGUUACUGUAUUGCGCCAUACGUGGGUUGAACAGCUCAAGCCAAUCCUUGUAUUUAAUAAAGUUGACCGGCUGGUUACGGAGUUGAAGAUGAGUCCUGGUGAAGCCUACUCACACUUAAGUAGACUGCUUGAGCAGGUUAACGCAGUGAUUGGAAGCUUCUACCAAGGAGAGCGUAUGGAAGAAGAUCUCCUGUGGCGAGAAAGAGUAGAAGAACGAGUCAAGGCUGCUGCAGCCAAAGAGAAGGAUAAGUCAAAGAAACGCACAGAAACCGACCCUCAGGUCGAGGAAAUGGAAGAAUUUGAAGAAGGUGAUGAUGAAGAUCUCUACUUCGCCCCGGAGAAGAACAACGUUAUUUUUUGCAGUGCUGUGGACGGCUGGGCCUUUACCAUACGCCAGUUUUCGAGGCUAUAUGAAAAAAAACUUGGGAUCAAACGAGCUACUCUAGAGAAGGUUCUGUGGGGAGAUUAUUAUCUUGAUCCCAAAACAAAACGAGUACUCGGCCAGAAACAUCUCAAGGGAAGGAAUUUGAAGCCCAUGUUCGUACAGUUGGUUUUGGAAACGAUAUGGGCGGUUUACAAUGCAACGACAGGUGGAGCAAGCAAAACAGGUGAUCCUGCACUGCUGGAGAAGAUCACAAAGUCUCUCUCAAUCACCAUACCUCCUUACGUUCUGAGAUCAAGAGAUCCGAGAAAUAUCUUGACCACAGUUUUCUCUUCAUGGCUUCCAUUAUCAGCAGCCGUACUAGUUUCUGUUAUUGAGUAUCUCCCAAGCCCUCCAGCAGCUCAAGCUCUUCGGCUUCCCGAUAUGCUGGAUGACUCUCCCGGUUCGUCGUUUGUUAGCCCAGCAGUGCGCGAUGCGAUGGAGAAAUUUCGAUCCGGGAAGGACGACCCAGCAGUUGCAUACGUUAGUAAAAUGGUUUCUAUUCCAGAAAGCGAGCUGCCAUCCAAAACACGCCGAGGAGGGGGCGGUACUCUGACAGCAGAAGAAGCACGGGAUCUUGCACGUCGGAAAAGAGAGCAGCUGGCAAAACUCCAAGCCGAAUCAAAUGGGCAAGGAGACGACGAUUUGUCUCAUAUAGCAAGUGCGAUCGGAUCCACAAGUCUUGAAGACAAUGGGACCGGUGCAGUGGAGGAGAAAGAAGAUCCGGAGCAUCUUAUCGGCUUUGCUCGUUUGUAUUCUGGGACACUGUCAGUUGGGGACUCGGUCUAUGUUCUUCCACCAAAGUUUUCUCCGGAAUAUCCUCAUGCUGCCCCCGAACCGGAGAGAGUCAAAAUAACGGCAUUAUAUCUGCUUAUGGGACGAAAUCUCGAAAACCUGGAGAGCGUUCCAGCGGGUGUUGUGUUUGGAAUCGGGGGUCUUGAAGGCCAUAUAAUGAAAACGGGAACGAUUUGCAGUCAGCUUGAAGGUGCCGUAAAUUUGGCUGGUGUUUCUCUGAGCAGUCCACCAAUUGUUCGAGUUGCCUUGGAACCUGUCAACCCUGCUGAUUUGAAUAAAAUGAUAAAUGGCCUAAAAAUGCUGGAGCGAAGCGAUCCCUGUGCUCAAUACGAAGUGUUGCCGAGUGGUGAGCAUGUUAUUUUGACCGCAGGAGAAUUGCACCUUGAGCGCUGCCUAAAAGACUUACGCGAACGGUACGCCAAAUGCGAAAUCCAGGCUGGCGAGUCCAUUGUACCAUAUAGGGAAACCGUUAUCAGUUCGCCGGAGAUGGCUCCGCCGAAGAAUCCCGAGCUCCCGCGUGGAACAGUCCUGGCAACUUCAGCAUCAAAACAACUGAUGAUUCGACUGAGAGUGCGACCACUGCCAGCCGCCGUUACUGACUUUCUUGGAAAACAGGCCGGGAGCAUCAAGCGCUUUUUCGCACACAGAAGAGGUAGAGGUACGCGCGCUACCGAAGAGCAAAGCAACGGCACCACAGUCGACGGUCAAGACGACGGUCCGGAGAUUGGCGACAGCAGCAUGUCGAGUCGAAAUAUCCUUUCGGAGGAGGACUUCAAGAAAGAGCUCAGUGCCGCGUUUUCAGAGACAAAAGACAGAGACGGGUGGAAAGGUGUCAUGGGCCAGAUUGCGGAAUUCGGACCCCGGAGAACAGGCCAGAACCUUUUGCUUGAUGCAACGUCUACAGGAGCAUUCGAACGACUAUUCCCCGAGCUCAUCGAUAACACCGACGCUGCACAAAACGGGAAUCAAGAGGAGCAACAACGGAACACUGGUUUGUUCUCCGACAAAAUCUCAUACGCCUUUCAGCUUGCCACGAACCAGGGACCACUCUGCCACGAACCUGUGCAGGGAAUUGCAGUGUCUAUUGAGGAUGUUACUCUUACAGAGACAGGCGACGAGGAGAUGGGUCGACUCACAGGAGAGGUUAUUCGACUAGUCCGCGACGCAGUGUGGCAAGGGUUCUUGGACUGGAGUCCACGGAUCCUUCUAGCAAUGUAUAGCUGCGAAAUCCAAGCUUCGACCGAAGUCCUUGGCCGUGUCUACGGUGUCAUAACUCGACGUCGCGGCCGCAUACUUUCUGAAACAAUGAAAGAAGGCACACCGUUCUUUACCAUCCUGUCUCUUCUUCCUGUUGCCGAGUCGUUUGGAUUCUCCGAAGAGAUCCGCAAACGAACGUCAGGCGCUGCUUCACCGCAGCUUAUUUUUGCGGGAUUUGAAAUGCUGGACGAAGAUCCGUUCUGGGUACCCGCAACUGAGGAAGAACUUGAGGAUUUAGGAGAGUUGGCUGACCGGGAGAACGUUGCUAAGCGGUAUAUGGAUAAAGUUAGGAGCAGGAAAGGAUUGGUAGUGAAAGGCAAGAAAUUGAUCAAGGAUGCGGAAAAGCAAAAGACAUUGAAAAGAUGA